AUGGCGGAAAACAAGGAAACCCACGUGGAGCCGCAGGCUGCUGCUCCUGUGGUCGCCGAUGAGAAACACCCAAGAGAAGCGUCCAUCAAUGACUUUGAUAUCGCUCACGACCACGGCCACAAUGAGGUUGCGAUCCUGAGAAAAGACUACGAGGACAAGCCGACCGACGAGGAGUUUGCUACCCUCCGCCGUGUUCCUGGCAAGAUUCCCACCGUCGCGUAUCUGCUCUGCGCUGUAGAGUUUUGCGAGCGCGCUUCCUACUAUGGCUGCGCUCAAAUCUGGACAAACUACAUCAACCGUCCUCUUCCUAAAGGUGGAAAUGGCUUUGGUGCAGUCCCAGCCGGAAGCCAGACCACUCAGGGUGCAUUGGGUAUGGGUGAAGCCAUUGCUAAUGCCACGACCCAAUCCUUCAGUCUGCUAGCCUAUUGUCUCCCCCUCUUCGUCGGAUAUCUCGCCGACACCAAGUUUGGUCGCUACAACAUGAUCUUCUGGGGUGUCAUCAUCUGCGGUGUCGGUCACGUCCUCAUCGUUGCAGGCGGUGCCAAGGAACUCAUCGCCAAUGGAACCGCCAAAAUCCCCUUCUUCCUCGGCGUGUACAUUCUCGCCAUUGGAGCUGCCAUGUUCAAGCCCAACGUCACACCCCUUCUUCUCGACCAGAUGAAGUCCCACGUGCCCAAAGUCGUUACCCUUAAGUCUGGCGAGCGAGUUAUCGAAGACCCCGAGCACUCCACCGAGAGAGUCAUGCUGUGGUUCUACCUGCUCAUCAACAUUGGCGCCUUCAUGUCCACUGCCACCUCGUACUCUGCACGAUACGUCGGUUGGUGGUUGGCUUUCCUGCUCCCCUUGCUGCUUUACCUUCCUCUUCCCCUUCUUCUGAUCUGGUUGAAGCCCCGUCUUGUUCUGCACAAGCCUGGCGGUUCCGAUCUGCCUAAUGUGUUCCGUGCCAUCGGCCACGGCAUGGCAAAUGGGGGCUUCUUCAGAAUUGGUCGCGCUGGAUGGUGGGAGAAUGCGAAGCCUUCUGUUAGAGCUGAGAAGGGAUUGUCGCCUGAGACUCACUACAGCGAUGAGUUUGUCGUUGAUGUGCAGCGAACUAUGCAGGCUACUGGCAUGUUUUGCUUCUUCCCUGUUCAGUACUGGAACGAUAACGGUCUUGGAAACUCUGCCAACUACCUGGGCACUAUGCUCACUGGCAACGGCGUGCCAAACGACGUUAUCGGCAACUUCAACUCCCUCAGUAUCAUUCUCCUCGGUCCUCUCCUUAAUUACGGACUCUACCCCCUCCUGCGAAAGGGCAGAAUUCACUACGGCCCCGUCGCCCGUAUCUGCACCGGUUUCUUCCUCAGCACCCUCGCAGGCGUCGGCUACGCAGUCCUCUGCUACAAGGCCUACGAGACAUCCCCCUGCGGCUGGUACGGCUCUUCUGACCCUGAGUGUGUUGAGAAUGGUCUCGUCUCGCCUAUCUCUCUCUGGUGGGAAGCCAUCCCAUAUGCCCUCGGUGGAUUUUCCGAACUCUUCAUCAACGUGCCUGCCUAUGGAAUCGCUUACUCACGUGCUCCCGUCAACAUGAGAGGCUUGGUCUCGGCCAUUAACCUCUUCAACACUGGUUUCGCAUACAUUGUCAACUUGGCUGCUUCUGCUGCUAUUGCUGAUCCCCACUUGAUUUGGGACUUUGCUGGCCCUGCUAUCUUGGGCGCUAUCGUCACUGUUGCUUUUUGGUUUAUUUUCAAGCACAUUGACAGAGAGGAGUACGUGCUUUCAACUACCCAGACUAGCGAGGCUGUUGAGGCGGAAGUUAUUGAGGACUCUGAGGCUGCCGCUGGGCACCGUCAUUAA